GGGGGGAGGGGCCACCCAGGACGCGUGGGGCUCGCUCCAAGCGCCAAGCGCCCCCGUGAGGACUGUCCAGGUCUCCGCCGAGUCCAGUGCGCUAUCAGCUCCGCUCCGCGGCGGGUUUCUUGCCGGGCCACGCACUGAUAAGGACUUGCCCCCCUCCCCUCCCCUACCCCUACCAUCCUGCCGAUAGCGGGCGCCGCGUGGUUCGCGGUCCUGGGACAGCCCUUCAGUGCGCCUCUCCACGCCGUCCAGGGGAAGUGCGGGACGUCUCCAGAUCACGACUCCCGGCGCAGGACAUGAGUUGGACGGCGUAGGAGCCCGGACGCCGCAGCCAUGUGCCCCAACGACACCGCGGCCUCCCCGCAGCCGCUGCUGCCGAAGAGGACGGACUCGCUGUUCGGCAGCGAGGCGGGCAGCGACGUGGUGUUCAUGGUGGGGCAAGGCCCGGAGCUGUUCCGCUUCCCCGGGCACCGGGGCGUGCUGGCCGCCGCCAACCCCGUCUUCCGCGCCAUGUUCGAGGGCUCCCUGCCGCAAGAGCCCGUCAUCGCCGUCACCGACCUGGACGACCGCGCCUUCGACAACCUGCUGAGGUACCUCUACCGCGAGGAGGUGCAGCUCCAGUCGGUGACGACGGCUCUCGCCACGCUCCAGGCGGCCGACAAGUACAUGUGCGACGGCCUGGUGCGCACCUGCGUGCAGUACCUGGACCUCACGCUGGAGCCCGCCUCCGUGCUGGACGUGCUGCAGACGGCGCGCGUGUACUGCCGCGACGACCACCACGCCGCGCGGCCCUCGGCGCCGCCGUCUCCCGAAGACCCCGACCCCGUGGAGGAGGAGGAGGAGGAGCACCCGUCGACCGCCCCGGCCACCGAGGACGCCUGCUCCGCGCUGCUCCACAACUGCCUGCAGUUCGUCGACCUUCACGCCGACGAGGUUCUCUCCCAGGAGGCCGUGGAGGACCUGGACGCCGCGACGCUGACGGACAUCGCGCGCCGCCCCACGCUCGCGCUGGCCUCGGAGGCGGUGCUGUUCGCGGCGCUGGAGCGCUGGAGCGGCCGCGAGUGCCGGCGGCGGCGGCUGGAGCUGUCGCCCAAGCAGCGGCGCCGGGUGCUGGGCGAAGAGGCGCUCUUCUCCGUGCGCUACGGCCUCAUGACCUCGGAGCAGUUCCUGGCGGGGCCCAUGCAGAGCGGGCUGCUGGACGAGGCCGAGGUGACGGCUCUGCUGGCGCUCGUGCUGGGGCACCCGCGCGCCUCGGGGCCUCCCCCGGACACCUUGCGGGACCGCCUGGGACUGCUGGCGGCGCGCCGGCGGCGGCCCGAGGCGAAGUUCGCGCGCCUCAGCCGCCGCACCGAGCCGCCGCCGCCGCAGCCGCCGCCGCCGCCGGCGCCCGCCGCCCGGCUGCUGCUCGGCAAGAGAGGCGCGCGCAAGGACGACAAGAAGGCCAAGAGACAGCACGGCGACAAGGGCGCCCGCUCCUCCAGCAAGCAGAGCAAGAGCUCGUGCAUCGCCGACUACGUGUUCCGCGCGCUGUCCUGCAUCUUCGACUGAGCCCCUACCCCCUCCACACACACACUCUCUCUCUCUCUCUAUCCCGACACGGACUAGCACUAGGGACCGGACAAAUUCGCGGGUUCAAGGACCUGCAGGAUGAACUCCAUAGUUCUACCUACACUCGGUCAAAUGUCACCCACCCAUUGGCUGCUGUCUUGUGAGACGUGUCCCAACGUAGCAGCUUGUGAUUCGAUAAAGCGUUGGUCGGGUGUUUCUCAUUGGCCCAGAGUCCAUCCAGGUGAGUUGUGAGCCAAUAGUGAGGGAGCAGCACUGAGGUAUAACUAUUUGUGUUUUAACCCAUCGCGAAAUGAAUUCGCGAAUUUUUCCCGGUCUCUAACUAGCACACAACACUCGGGCAUGUAGGGUCGCGGUGCGGUCUCGUUGGCCAGUUCCACAGCUGCAUGUCCAAAUGUUCUGCAUCCCGUACAGACCCGCAAAACAGCAAAACCUUCAGACGCGUUCCCGUAACGUUCCAGGAACGUUACGAAGUUGUAGGAGCCUUACAGAAAAUUCAUCUGAAAAUUUUUUUUGGGGUUUUUUGAAAGUUCGCAGCUACGUGGUUCUGUGUACGUACAACAACGCGAAGAGCGUAAACGCAGGUUACUGGCAUUUCUCGGCACCGGUGGAUCCGAUUGUAAGACCAUUACUUUACCCGAAGCAUCAAAUACGUUUUUUGAAAUUUUUAGUCUUUUAAAGUAUACAUUUUAAUAAGCACUGUGGUUUUCAUCAAAAUUUGAGGUUCAGUGAUAAAAAAAAUUAAUAGAACUACAUUACCAGAACAAGUAUUUCGAAUCACACUAUUGCCUUUGUAAUAAAAGCAUAAAAAAAUUGUAGGUUAAACUUAUAGGCAUUGUCCCUGUAGAACUAGAGACCUAACCUGCAUUUCCAUGUGUACAGCAUGUAUGCUUGCGUUGUUUUGAAAUUCUACAUCUGAAUUUUGUACACUCGUCCGUGUCAUGGUAGAGUUAGACAUACCAAAAGAGCAGUCACACACUGGAGAAUUAUUUUGUAUAUUCAUUAAUGAAUGUGAGUCAGCAGUUUACUUUUUUGUUUUGAGCCAAAAUAAUUCUGUAUGUUUGUAUAUUUUCUCUGUGACUCAUUAAGAACAGUGUACCUUAGAUUUGCCUCUUGUAGUACUUAUAUUAUGUACUUAUUAAGGUACUGUAAAAUAUUGUAAAAAAAUAUACAUUUAUACUAAAUAACAAAAUGGAAAAAUGUGUUUCCCAACAUGUAUACAUUUGUAUGUGAGGAACUAGGAGAAAUAUUUCAGAAAAUGUGUUAGAGUCGUGAGACAAAGCAUGUUAGUAGAAAGUUAUAAAAAUAGUAAUUUACGUAGUUUAUUUUCAAGGAAAUAGGUUUUGUGAAACAUGGUUACCUAAGAUAAAUGUGAGUAGAUAAAUAUUUGGAAGCAAAAGUGAUUUUAUUAACAUUUUAAUUAAGAGAUUGACAAAUUUAUAUUUUUCUAAUCCAUUAAAUGGAUUUAUGUGUAUAUAGUUUUAAAAAAAUGAAAACAUCAGCAUGAACGCCGUAUUUCUUGUGGACUUAAGCACUCGUUAUGCUGACAUUCUUACACACACAUAAAAUGAGCGUGAACAUAAUUUUUGAAUGAAUAGCGAAAAGUAUUUUAUGCUCUUCAAAGGUACCUACUGUUAUAAAUUUUAUAUUCACAUCUAGUUAAUGAAACAAAAACGAUAAGUCAUUGCAGCCACUUUAAUCAGUAAUAGCAAUUAUCCGUCCUUGUAGAGUGAAUAGUGGAAUAAUAAUCCAUAUGUUAGUUCACUUAAAGACCAAGUAAUAAAAUAUGUUCUCCUGGUGGUUACAUACCGGUGCAUGUCAGUUAAAACCAAACUAUAACAACGUAGAGAGCUUGGAAAGGCACCAUUUCUAACUAUGUGGCAUCAAUAUUUAAGUAUGGAAACUACAUUAAAGGGAGAUUUUAAGAGUUGAAAAAUAGAUACUAACUAUGAACAGAAAUUGUUUUCUGUUAUUUUUUAUUUUGGAAAUUUGUAGCCAUAAGUUUUUGUAGGUACAUCUUUAAAGGCAUUUUAGGCUUAAGAAAUCAUUGGGUAUGGUUUCAUAUCUUGAUGCAAAUGUUUGUGGAUUAACAUAAAUAUUAUUUCUUUCUGGUCUCCUCCUACAUUAAAAACUAAUAACUGGUCAUUAAAUCUAUCGACAGAAAUUUUGGGGACCUCUUGAAAGCUACAUACUAUAUUUCUGUUAUCAUGCAUUGCAAAAAUUUUAAUAAAAAAAUUGAAAACUUAAGUUACAGUAUAAAUGAAUUAAUCCCAGUUGAUAUUGAUAGGCUCCCUAAAUAAAAAUUAAAUGUUAAAAUAAUAAAUGUAGUAUCUUGCUAAUUAUGUUACCAUAGUACUUUCAAAUUUUUAAUAGGUAAAUGCUGCAAUGAACUUGUCAAACAGCAGGUUUCUUAGGCCUGAUGGUGCAAAUAACAGGUUUUGGUGCAAAGUUGUCAAAUCUCACAUUAUGUUAUUUUUAUAUUGGUUUUGUAACCACUGGCCUUAGAAUUAUUUUUUUUUUCAUUUAAGCUAUUUAAUGUUUUCAAAAGUAUUUGUCAUGUGGAUACAUUGUAUUCAGUUCUGAAGUAAGAAAUAUUUCAUUAUGAAUUUUUCAAGUGUGUGGCUACUCUUUCUUUAAAAUGUUUCAAACAACUCCCAAUAAAACAGUAUGACUUGUAAGUAUGAUUCAUUUGAUAAUAUAUACUAACCCAACUACAUUUACACCCUUGUGAGGUCUCGCAUGUAUAUAUUUUUCAUACUUUCGGCUAGAAAAACUUUUAUAAUAAAAGUAUGCUAAGCCAUGCAUAUUUAAAUGCCAAUAUGACCAAUGCCGAAGACAACCAUGCUAUAUGUUGGUAUUUCAGUUUUAUGAAAUAUUUAAUUUAAUUUAUACAUGACUGUAUUGUAGAUGCUGUUAACAACAAUGUAGUAUUUUAUGUUGUGAUAUUGUUGUUUGCUUUUGCUAUGACAUUGGUAGCAAGCAGUUUGAGUUGAAACAUUUGUUACCUGUCAUCUCGUGCUGUGAUUAACACAAAAAUAUAAAAUAAAAAAUGUAAAAAAAAAGAUGUAAAGUAUUGCCUAGAUAUUGUUAUACUAAUGUAAUGUUACCAAAAAUGUUUUAUAGGAAAUGUUUAAUGUAUGUUAUUGAUACUUUAUCAGGAAAUUACAGUAAGCAUUCUUGUAACAAUUUUCUUGAAUGCAGAAAUGCCUUGAUGUACAGGAUUAUACAACUGUUCCUCAUAUUGAUUUAUCUGUUCCUCAAAUGUCUGUUUUCAUAAUUUCAAAAUGAGUUUAAAAUGUUUUUAGGAAUAAAGUAUUAAAGAUUGAGAUGAGAGCAGGCAUUAGCUGUAGACCAAAUAAAAUGUUGCCUGUCUUGAAACUAAUAUAUCUACAUUCUUCGUGUACGCAUUGUUUUGUAUCAGUUCUAUUGACUUAACCAUGACAUUUGGUUUGAGUUUUGUACGUUUGUCAGGUACAUCAUGCAAGCAAUAUGAUUUAUUUGUCCAGUAAAAUAUUAAAAAUUUUUUUAGUUAAUAUUUUAAUCAGAUGCAUUCUUAAAAGAAUAAAAAGUAAUGCACUACAAAAUUAAAAUGAAAAAAAAAAAUUAAAAAAAAAAUUGGAAAGUAAAUUUAGUAUAGUUUCUUGUGCGCUCAGGAAUGCAAACAUUUUAAGUUUUGCUACGUAGAGAUAUUUUGUUUUAAAGGUUUUCGCUUUUUUGCAAUGCUCCUGUAUUAUAUUUUGUGUCGCAAUUAGAGAAGGUGUUUGCUAAACACAACUCAUGUCCCUGUGGGUGCUCAUGAAAAAUCUUCAUUUGUAUUAUAGCAAUGAUAGUGAUUUAAAUAAAUGAAAAAUAUCUCUUUACAUUGAAAAAUUAUGUUAAAAUACAAACUUUCCUUGAAAAACUUUCAAAAUGCAGUAAACCACUUAUAGUUUAAAAUGUGAAAAAGUAAAAUUACGAAGAAUAAAAAAAAUUAAUAAAGCAAGGAAUCAUGUUUUGAAUCUUUGAAUUGACAACAUUAAUUUUUUUGGUGCUGAAAUAAAUACUUUUCAUAAUACAUGAUGAAAACUUUUUAUAGUUAAAUGUUUAUCGAGAAUAUUGCAGAAAUAAUUAAUUUACAACUAAAGACAAAGUUUAUAGAAAUUACUUUUCACUAUUUCCAGGUCUUUUAUACUUACAAUAGUUUUGUAAUGAUAGUGAAUAUUUCAAAAUUCAAGUUUGACCCAGCUCAACCAAAAUAGCCAAAAUAAAAUGUUCCAAGUUAUUUUAUUUAAUAUAUACUAUAAGUUAAAACAAUAAUUUUACUGGUAUUUUAACAUGAGACCACACCAACUAUUCCAAAUUAAUUUUAAUAACACAAAAUUUUGUUCGUCUAUAGCAUGGCAUGCAAUAUUUAUUAACUGUGUUAUUUUUAUUCAAUACUAGCUGGCUUUACAAAGACUACAAAUUUUUUUAAACAAGCAAACAGAUUUUCUACUCAAUAAAUUGCUUUAAUAAAUACCUAAAAUAUGUUGAAUUCAUGCUGCCGCAGGUUUAAUUUGCCAUUAGCAGCCUCUUUCAAGAAUAGUGGUAAAACAAGUUCUGUGUGUGUUAAGGAACAGCCUAAGUGGUGUACAUAAAAAGUAAGUUACCUGUAUGUCAAUAUCAGCAUAAUAUCCACAAGAAAAAUUUCUUUGAAAUAUUUCGAUUCUCAGAAAAAAUAGCUAACGUCUUUUAAAACCUUUGAACCCCACACAGAUGUGAUAAAAACCAAACAUUUAAAUAAAUAUUUUUGGUACUUGUAUAAAAUGUAUUUUAAAAUAAAGUGAAUAAAAUCUGA